UUCAGUCAAGCCCACCGAAUGAAGGAGGUGGGAGCUCGAGGGGCCGAGAACGCCCGAGGUAUAUAAAGCAGUGAGAAUCAGACCCCUCCUGCUUCUCUACCACCACUACCACCGCUGAUCCAUUCCUUGCCGCUGAGCCCCCAUCCAUCUGCAUCCCCACUUCUCUCUGAACACUAUUAUGGCUGAAGUCGAGUCCCCACCGUCACCCACCGUCGAGAUCAACGACGCGAUCUUCUGCCACCAUCUCAAGGAAGUCUGCACCGAAUGUGACUACGACGGGCGGGAGGAGAACGACGCCUUCUUCGGGUUUGACCCCAUCAAUCGCGAGGGCAUUGAGGCGCCGCCGACAACGACGACCAAGGAUGGCGAGUAUCAGUGCAAGAAGCACGGCGCGGCUGGAUGCACCCAGUGCUUCGGAUGGAAGAAGCAGAUCACGCGGUUGCGCACUCAGGCAAAGAAGCACAAGAAGUAGUCAUAUUUGUGCCAAUGAGAAAUGUAUCUGUACGUGUAAGUAUGCGAGACCCAAUGAGGGACCAUCAUUCCAAUAUGGCACGACGGCCUGGAAGCGGAACAGUCCGGUUCUCCAGAGCGUCCCCGAAUUCGCGGAGUGUGCCGGCAGAUCGUUACAUUGCAUACGAGAAGCAAGCCGUAUCUUCUGGCACUUGUCGGACAUGACUGCAAGCGACAAGGUUGACCAUUUGGAGACAGCAAUACACUCCCAUUUCGGGGAGCAGUACGAUGUGGUUUGCUACGAGAAAUGAACAUUAUGCACACUCAAAACAUACGAGACAUUGCAACGCACCUCGAUCUAUGUGGGUCAAAAACGUACGACUUCCUAAGCCCCUGGUCCCGUGGACAGGUCGAUAUCCGAAGGGAUCGAAAGCCCCUGUGCAAAGCCCACUGCGAAGUGAUGUCAAAACAACGUAGGCUGCAGCACCAGACACUUACUCGAUGAGACACCACUGAGACGCACGGGCAGGCGCAUCCAGUCUUCCAUUUCUGGCAUCUGAUCAAGCACAACCUUCGCCCACUAAUGUGGGCCGGCCACAGCUUCUGCUUCCACUGGAGAAGCACAAUGCGCUCAGGCUAGAAACUAGAUGAGAUGAAGCGCAAGUCAAGGCUCGCAGGAUCCACAUAAGCGAGAACAGGAACAGACGCUAAGCAGAGCGCAGGGUCGGAUUAGUGGUUCAUCACGAUAAGCCUGGCAUCCCCGUCAAGUCGAAAUCAGUGCUAGCAGCGGAGGGCCACGAGUGAGGCGCACCAGACGAUACGGACAUGAGCUCGCCGAAGGCACCAGCCAUCUCUUCAUAGACGUUUGGAAGCCGAUGUGCGCUCGUGCCGUGUUAUAUCCGUGCGGUGCGAAUCGUGUCUAAGCCUCGUCCAUCGUGCCUUCAGACUGGGCCUUCUAACCUGGAGCCUUCUCACGCCCGGCAGACACGAGAUGAGACGGUUCCCGUGCAUAGCCUGAACAGAUCAGGGCUGCUCAUCCGCCUCGACGCGAAGACCAAGUCCGGCAUGGGCUUGGUCCCGUUGGGCACAUGUUCCGCAGGCCUGUGACAGAAGUGCGAGAUCCGGAUGACUACGUGCCCAUAUCUCCUGCAGCCUUCCCGCAGUACGCCAGGCGACAAGAAUGCGAGGCGAGGGACUCGAGACGGAACGGUGGGUGUGAAGGCGUGUAGGAUCAAAGACUGCGGUGGACGCGAUCUACAUCCUGGGUAUGACUUUCCGCAGCAGUAGCAGUGGGGAGACAACGCACUCGUCUUUAUCUGAAUUGUCUAUCGAGCAAUCAUAUGUCCCCCGACCCUACAUGCGACUAGGCGCUCCGAUCGCCAUCGUGGAAAGAAAAACUAGGCACGACACGACACGUCGAAUUCUAUCACGAGCUUGCCCGCCGGGACAUAGUCAGGCUUUAGCGACGCCAGACAGAACAGCUGACUGGGAUAUUUCGAGAAGUUUCUCAUGCGCUGGGCCCGCGAUUCUGCUCUGCAACAAGUUACGUCCAUUCAGGCGUGGUCGAAGAGGAAAAGAAUGACGGCUCGUUCCACCGGCGGAUCCCGAACUUUGAUGAUGUCUCAUUGUGGAAUCGACGUCCUUCAAGGCUUGGCUCACACUAGAAGGCCAAUAUUUCGAAUGGGAUCUAUUGGACAAAGUCAUCCGUUAUCUCAAUUAUAUCUCGUCUCGGGCAUCGUCAAGGCUGGCCGGAGAGCUGCAGAGCCGGAACAUUGAACUCGAGCCUCCCACCAGUGACUGACUUCUGUGAAACGCGUCGCCAAUACACCACUACACCUGGAGGCUGCAAGCCAUGACUCGAUAUCCCACACGAUGCGACUGCGGUCGGUGUCUGUGCUCUACAUUAAGGGCAGGGCCUCUCUGUCUUCUUGUUCCCUGCACUCCGUCCCCUACCCGUCGUCUGCAAAUGCGGCCCUGUCCGCUGAGAAAGCUGAUCAGGCUUUCCCCACCGCGACCUGCAGUGGCCGGAGACGCAGAGGAUACCUUUGGGGAGAUAUCCAAGUCGAGCGAAGGGUUAGUCUUCGUCAACCCUACCCAGGAAACAGCCGCAGACUUCACUUUCACUGCACCUGCCAAUAGUUCCGAGGAAACGAAGGAGGCCCAGGCCUCUGGGGCAGCCUCGCCGAGAACGCCAGCCGAUACACCCAAAGAUCGAAAUGAAUCUGCAGGCUGUGAGACUGCUGCUCAGAAGAAUGUGACGUCCGAGGGGAAAGAGUCUUCUCCGGAAGUUUCGAAGAGUGCUGAGGAACCUCCUGGAGUCCGACCGGAGAACAAGCUAAUCCGCGCUGUCGGUCAGAUAGGCGCUGAUAUCGACGCAAUCGGUCAAUCCGCCGCCUACUCCACCGUGCAGCAAACCGUGACAGAUCCGAAUGUACAAGCCAUAGAAUUGAGCGCGUUGAAUGGCGUUCCUACUCUCUUGGAUGCACUCCAGACGAUUUCGCGGAUUCAUCCAUUUGUAGAAUUGGCCUUCCUUCCCUUCAAACUCAUCUAUAUGCAGGAGAUGGCGAGACGAAAUAAGGAUCAGAGACGGCUUAUCCUGUUCGGGCUGAUCAAGGAUGUGAUGUCGACCCUUGUCCAUCUGGAAUUCUUCACAAGCGAAUAUGCACCCAGGCGCACCACGCGGAAUGGACGCCAAGUCGAAAAUGAAAUCAAGCGCGUGUGCCAGGAGAUGAAGAACGAUAUCGAAGAAUGCUACAAUGUGUUGAAUGAGCAUGAUAAUUCCCGCCGCGUUCUCCAAUUCCUGAAGGCCUCGAGUUGGAAUCAGAUAUUCUUGGACUAUGGGGCGCGGUUCAAGGCUUCACAAGAGAGGCUCGGCUUCGCGAUGCAUGUCGAGAAUACUGUCGCUGUCGGAAAGAUGUCAGUCGUGCGGAUUCUCGAUCGUUCGCGUUCACUGAUCAGAUCUCAGGUUUCGGAUGAUCGAACAGCUGGUUCCACCCAAGAGGUCGGAUACAUUGCAGCAGUCAAUGUGAGCCUUGCAACAUUCUUUGACUUCUAA